ACAUCACUUCUUAUUCUCCCUUCGAAAGUUGGUAGGCAACAGAGUCUGAAGAAUCGCCCAUUGGCCUAAUAAACGAGCUGAAAGUCAAUAAUCUCAACAGUUUCACUCACUGAACUGCGAAAGCUGAAGUUAUAUCAUUACAUACGCUUCAACAAACAACAUCCAAACAAAUGGCCGACCGUCGUCCCGGCCCCAACUUCAAACCCGCUGCUCCCUCACGAACCGCGCCUCCUCCACACACCGGACUCUCUUCCGCCGGAGCAGGAGCAGGAGCAAGAGCCGGAGCAUCAGUCCGCCGCAACCUCUUUCAACAGGGGCAACCACAAUCACAAGCACAGUCAGCACAACCAACCCGACAACCCACUGCUGCUCCAGACUCUCAACAGUCUCAAGGACACUACUCUCAGUCCUCUCAGUCUCAGACUGCUCAACCUUCUCAAACCUACCAAAACAACUUUCAGUCUCAUCCACAACACCCGCACGCGCAUUAUCAACACCAGCAAACUUACCUCACUCAACCCCAACCUUAUUCCCAAACCUAUCCCCAUCCCUACUCCUACUCCUACCCUCAAGACUCCCUCCCCCAUCUCCAACAAUACCAACAACUACCACCCCACCAACCCGACGAAGAAGACACCAAAAUGACCUCUUCCUCACAAGAGGACCAUCAUCAACCCGUAACAGACCCCGACCUUGAAAUCGUCGUCCGCGACAAAGAAACAGGAGAAAUCGACCUAGGCAACGACCCACCCACGCCCCCCUACGACGAGGAGACGGAAGCGAUCAUGGAGGCGCGGAUGGAGCAGGAGAAAGAAAGGGAGAGGUUGGCGGAUGCGGUGAGGGAGUGGUUGACUGAGCAUGAGGCGGAAGGGAGGGGGGAUUUUGGUGAAUCAGAAGGUGGCGGUGGUGCUGCUGGGGGAGGAGGAGAGGGUGGGAUGGAUACUGAAGAACUCCUGGAGGCAGUCAAGGCGAGCUUAAAGACCAAGGUUGCGGCGUUAUAUGAGGAUAAUUGGAUGUUUGAGAGGGAGGAGGUACUUCAUCUGCAUUGAUUGAGGAGGGAUGGUUGAAUGACGAGCGGUGGUACGCAUUUAUUGACACGACUGGAUUGCAUUCAUGGUAUCGCGGCGGGUUGGUAGUUGGGUAUGAUUUCGUCUCCGAGUUCUUUCUUCCGGCGCUACACUUCUUCUUCCCUUGGCCUUCUUCCCUUUGGCUUGUUG